CCCUCCCUCGCUUCUUCCUGCCGGGCGGUCCUCCUCCGCGCUCCGCUCCUCUCCCUCCGCCCUCUCAGGGCCCUGGCGGCCGCCGAGUGAACGGGACGGGCCCGGCCGCAGAGCGCGGGGUGGCGGGUGGGACGCGGGCGCCUGGCAGAGUUGUUCCGGCCCUGCCCACGGAGACGUGACGAGGUGAAUGUGGGAAGAGAAGUUUGCAGAACUGAAAUGGAGGUCAGAGCUUCAUUACAGAAGGUUAGUGGGUCAUCAGAUUCUGUGGCUACCCAAAACAGUGAAGAAUUUGUUGUGGUUUCUCAGCAUGCAGAUGAUACUUCUACAAAACAUGAUGAAAAACCUGAACUGAAGAUAGUUUCUAAUGGUGAUGAACAGUUGGAAAAAGCCAUGGAAGAGAUUUUGAGAGAUUCUGAGAAAGGGCAAAACAGUCUUCUUGUUGAUUCUCAAAGUUCCAGUGAGAUUUCAGACCAUUCAUUUGGAGAUGUUUCAACCAGCCAAAUAAAUAAGCCAUCUCUUCAGUUAAUUUUGGAUCCGUCAAAUACAGAAAUUUCUACACCCAGACCAUCUUCUCCAAGUGGAUUACCUGAAGAAGAUAGUGUUUUAUUUAACAAACUGACCUACUUAGGAUGUAUGAAAGUUUCUUCCCCACGUAAUGAGGUGGAGGCUUUACGGGCAAUGGCAACUAUGAAAUCUUCCAGUCAGUACCCCUUUCCUGUUACUCUGUAUGUGCCAAAUGUUCCAGAAGGUUCUGUAAGAAUCAUAGACCAAUCCAGCAAUGUGGAAAUAGCAUCUUUUCCAAUCUAUAAGGUGUUAUUCUGUGCACGUGGACAUGAUGGGACAACAGAGAGCAAUUGCUUUGCGUUUACAGAGAGUUCCCAUGGUUCAGAAGAAUUUCAGAUACAUGUUUUCUCCUGUGAAAUUAAAGAGGCAGUAAGCAGAAUUUUGUAUAGUUUUUGUACAGCAUUCAAACGUUCUUCCAGACAAGUGUCUGAUGUUAAAGACUCAGUUAUUCCUACCCCUGACAGUGAUGUGUUUACCUUCAGUGUCUCCUUGGAGGUAAAAGAAGAUGAUGGAAAAGGAAACUUUAGUCCUGUGCCUAAGGAUAGAGAUAAGUUUUAUUUCAAAUUAAAACAAGGAAUAGAGAAGAAGCUUGUGAUUACAGUACAGCAACUUUCUAACAAAGAAUUAGCUAUUGAAAGAUGUUUUGGAAUGUUAUUAAGCCCAGGUCGAAACGUGAAGAACAGUGACAUGCAUUUACUGGAUAUGGAAUCCAUGGGAAAGAGCUAUGAUGGGAGAGCUUACGUUAUCACCGGCAUGUGGAAUCCCAAUGCACCAAUAUUUCUAGCACUUAAUGAAGAAACCCCAAAAGAUAAGCGAGUGUACAUGACGGUGGCAGUGGAUAUGGUGGUCACGGAGGUGGUGGAACCUGUCCGCUUUCUCCUGGAGACAGUAGUACGUGUGUACCCUGCAAAUGAGCGAUUUUGGUAUUUCAGCCGAAAGACUUUCACGGAGACAUUCUUCAUGAGGUUGAAACAGUCUGAGGGAAAAGGCCAUACCAAUGCUGGAGAUGCAAUAUAUGAGGUGGUUAGUCUACAGCGAGAGUCUGAGAAGGAGGAGCCAGUCACUCCUACUAGUGGAGGGGGUCCAAUGUCACCCCAGGAGGAUGAAGCAGAAGAGGAGAGUGAUAACGAACUCUCAAGUGGAACAGGUGAUGUGUCUAAGGAUUGUCCUGAGAAGAUCCUGUAUUCUUGGGGAGAAUUGCUUGGAAGAUGGCACAGCAACCUUGGUGCACGACCGAAAGGGCUCUCCACUCUGGUGAAGAGUGGCGUUCCUGAAGCGUUGAGGGCAGAGGUGUGGCAGUUACUAGCAGGCUGCCAUGACAACCAGGCAAUGCUGGAUAGAUACCGACUUCUCAUCACAAAGGACUCAGCCCAGGAGAGUGUUAUUACUCGAGAUAUUCAUCGUACAUUUCCUGCACAUGAUUACUUUAAAGAUACUAGAGGAGAUGGCCAGGAGUCACUCUACAAGAUCUGCAAGGCCUACUCUGUCUACGAUGAAGACAUUGGGUAUUGUCAAGGACAGUCUUUUCUUGCUGCUGUACUGCUGCUGCAUAUGCCAGAAGAACAAGCAUUCUGUGUUUUGGUGAAAAUCAUGUAUGACUAUGGUUUACGAGAUCUCUACAAAAACAACUUUGAAGAUCUUCAUUGCAAAUUCUAUCAGUUGGAGAGACUAAUGCAGGAGCAGUUACCGGACCUGCACAGCCAUUUCUGUGAUCUGAACCUGGAAGCCCAUAUGUAUGCAUCCCAGUGGUUUCUCACUCUGUUUACUGCCAAGUUCCCGCUCUGCAUGGUCUUCCACAUCAUUGACUUACUGCUUUGCGAGGGUUUGAACAUAAUCUUUCAUGUGGCCUUGGCUCUCCUAAAGACCUCAAAGGAAGAUCUUCUGCAGGCUGAUUUUGAAGGUGCUUUAAAGUUCUUCAGAGUUCAGCUUCCGAAGAGAUACAGAGCAGAGGAAAAUGCAAGAAGAUUGAUGGAGCAGGCUUGCAAUAUUAAGGUACCAACCAAGAAGCUGAAGAAAUAUGAGAAAGAAUAUCAGACAAUGCGAGAGAGCCAGCUGCAGCAGGAAGACCCCAUGGAUAGAUACAAGAGGGAGAACCGGAGAUUACAGGAGGCCAGCAUGAGGUUGGAACAAGAGAAUGAUGACCUUGCCCAUGAACUUGUAACCAGCAAAAUUGCUCUACGGAAUGACUUGGAUCAGGCAGAAGACAAGGCAGACGUGUUGAAUAAGGAGCUCCUCUUGACCAAACAGAAGCUGGUGGAGACUGAAGAAGAGAAGAGGAAGCAAGAGGAAGAGACUGCUCAGCUGAAAGAAGUCUUCAGGAAACAGCUAGAGAAGGCAGAAUAUGAAAUAAAGAAGACGACAGCUAUCAUUGCCGAGUAUAAACAGAUCUGUUCACAGUUAAGUACCAGACUGGAGAAACAGCAAGCAGCCAGCAAGGAGGAGCUGGAAGUGGUAAAGGGUAAAAUGAUGGCAUGUAAGCACUGCAGUGACAUUUUCAGCAAGGAGGGCACUUUGAAACCAGCGACCAUAACCAGAGAGGCCCCAAGGGUUGAAUCGGAUGAUGAGAAAGACUCACUGAAGAAGCAGCUGCGGGAGAUGGAGCUGGAGCUGGCGCAGACCAAACUGCAGCUGGUGGAGGCCAAGUGCAAAAUCCAGGAGCUUGAACAUCAGAGAGGAGCCCUGAUGAAUGAAAUCCAAGCUGCAAAAAACUCUUGGUUUAGCAAAACCCUGAACUCUAUCAAAACGGCCACGGGCACCCAGCCACUGCAGCUGCCACAGCCCACCCAGCCACCCAAGGAGAGCACAUAGUUCCAGCCUCACCCAAGCACAAGAGCACAAGGAUCAACGCGCCAGAAACCCAGGAGGAUUCCCCUGGCGGUCCCUUUGAAGGAAAGUAAAGGAGGCCAGAAAGCAAGCCAGAAUCUUUCAGUAGCUCUCACUCUUUCUUCUAUGACACUUUUCAAAGGGAUGUUAUUUAAACUGAUCUGAUUUGUGUUGAAUACCUGUUUUCGAGCUUCUUUGUGGAAGGCCAUGUUCAGAUCCAUCAUAGUAUUAUACAUUAUUUUUUAUGCCUGAUGUUUAGUUGGAAAUAAGUAAUUCAGAACUAAAUGCUUUUUAUUUAGAACUAAUUAUUCAUAAUUAUUUUUAUCUUACAUAAAAAUGGAGAUGUCUUUUAUUCCAAGGUUUAAGUGAUAGGAGGAUAUUUGUGACAGCAAAAAAAAAAAGGAUUGAAACCUAAACCUCUUAACUUUUCAGGAUUUAUUUAGAUGAAGCACACUGUGGGGCUGGUCUCAACUGCUUCCAGGUUUCCUCCUGAAUGUGAUUCCCUGGAUAGCGAUAACCUGUCCAAAGGAAAGAACAGACCUGGGGUUGAACAGUCCCCAAGAGAGUUAGGUCAUUUUCAUUUUCUGUUGGGUACUUCUGGAAAUGAAGUGCCAAGAACCAUGGAAUAAGAUAGGCUAUUGAGAAUAUACACUAGAUAAAAGAAACUGAGAUUCUGAUAAACGCGGAAUAAAUCAUUUUAGUCCUGGUUUUCUAACAGGUCCUUUUAAGAACUCCACGCAGGAAUGGCCAGUUCCUCAGUAUGAACACAGUUGUGACUUCUGACAAACGUAAUGUCAGAAGUGGAUAUUGUGAGUCGCAGCCUUAGGGAACCUUCACCAGAGAAGCCUAGAAGGGCCCAGGUUCAGCCAUUGUGUUUAGAAUGGAAUCCAGAACCAGGGACAGCGUAUGUCAUUUAAUGUUGGCAGAAACUUGCUAAGGAAACACUAACACUGUAACUUUGUUAAAGUUAGGAAAUGGGAAACUGACCUCAGCUUCACAUCACACUUUAAUGUUAGGCAACUUCUCCUGAUUUCUGUAGCUCCCUGAAAACGCGCCCUUUGUACCCCUAGAUGAAGAGAUGCAAAUGCAUUUGUAACAUUUUUGAGUGAAUAUAAAACCUUUAUAGAAAUACUUAUCUCAUGGAAAGGUAAAGCUAUUGUUUAAAAGUUGAUGGAAAUAUUUUUUUCAAUUAUAUUUAACAUAUCUAUAUGAAUAGUACUUGCAGGAAAUUCUUUGGUAAGGGUAAGACUAAUUUUCCCAUUUUCUAAGCUAUUUUGGAGGCAUUUGGUCCUUUUAUGCCACCAAACUACUGUCAGCUAUGUACAAUAACAUUCAUUGAUACUCAUCCUUGGCUUCAUUGUUGAACAUAUUCUUUGCAAAGGAUCUUAAACUCUGUAGUGCCAGAGUGAUUCUCGUCUGUGCCAUAUGUUGCAAUUGAAAGUAACCACACUCUUGGAAGUAAAAAUCAAGUAAGAGCCAUCUCAGCUCUAGGAGCAUGCACUACAAGUUGCUCAUGGUGGGUCCUUUUCUCUAAAAUGGUCAUUAAACUCUAAAAAGAGAAGUUCCCUUCAGCAGUGUUUAUAUCAUCUACAACCCAUGAAACUGAUAGGGUUGUUUGUUAUCCUUUGUUACAUUCAUUAAAUAAUAUGUUUCUUACAUUAAUUCUUAUUUUUCCUGACAUCUUUCAUCAUAAUACUCAUUUCCUUUUACCAAAAAGGAAAAUAACCCAGCAUUCCAAGUGUCUGUGUUGACUUUAAUGUUGUAUACCUGAUAGUUUAGAAAAACUCGUGGGUUUUUUGGUAAAAUAUAAUGGCUAGAAAAUUGCAUCUUGGUACCUGUUUUUGUAAAUCAUUUAGUAUAAUUUGUUAGCUCUACUGGUACUUUUUGCUUUGAUUCCAAGAAGCCUUGUACAAGUUGCCUUAUCAAAUGGCCAGCUAAGUUAAAGAUGUUCUUUUGUGUUUUGUGAAUCUCAUAGUUCGACUGUACAGAGCUCUUAACUUCCAAACAUCAGUACAUUCCACAGAAUGCCUGAGUUGCAUAAUUUUCCUUGAAUGGUAGUUGAGGGAGAAAUAGAAUGGCUCCCAGUCCAGUUCUUACCAGUAGACCUGGCUCAAUUUCAUAGCUUCUUACGUUUUUUCUUAAACAAAGUCACCAGGUACAUACAUUCCAAACAUUUAAUAAAUCUGUCUCUUGCGUUUUCUUUUAACUCUCAAAAGAUUAUAGUGGCAAUUUAUGGAUUUUCUUUUCUUCUCCAAUUCCAUAUCAUUGCUGGGUAUGUGUAUUGGUACCGUAAGUCUAAACUGUCCCUCACUGCAAUGCCUUUGGGUCUGUAGCAAUAGUAAAGAUAGAAAGGAAAUUCAAAAUUUGGUAUAUGAUAUGAUUACUUAUACAAUAUGUUAUAAUAGCUGUAUCUCAAACCACAUGUCCUUCACUGUGUAUUGUUUGAAAACUCAUGCAUCCCAGCAUUAACUGCUAAUUGUAAUUUCACCUAUUUUGAAAUAUAUUUAAGAACAACUACUUUUCUCUUGAUUUCUUUUAGAAAGAGAUCAACAAGCCCAAGUAUCGAGGAAAUUUUCACAUAUUCUACAGUGUUUUUCAUCUUUUCCUAGGAUUCUUUUUCUGAAACAUUCCUCCAAAAAUCCAACAUUUGCAACAUCUGAAAAGUGAUGAUUUCUCUUUUGAUCAAAUUCUGUGAAUAAAUUACAGGAAUGAAAUUCAACUUGAUCAUUCAGUUCAUUAGCUUUUGUAUCUUGAGAGUCUUGUUUAACACGUUCUUUACAGCUGAAAGAAACCAAGCUGAAUUUUGCAGUGCAUAUGUUUGCUAGCUUCCCACAUCCUGAGCCAUGGCACAAUUUGGUUAUAUUUAAAUAGUUACAUAUCAUUUAAUGCAAAGAAAUGCUCAGUUACCUAAUGUUCUGUGUAUGAGUGCCUAUCAGAAACACUGAAAGGAAUGUCAUAUAGGCCUAUGGCCUAUCUUUCCGUAUAACCAAUAUCUCUCUUCUCCUAGCUAUUAAGUUAGUAAUUUCUUCUUCAUUGGCUUUCUUAAAUUUCCAUAGUAAAGUAGAAAAGCAAUCUUUGUACUGAUGUUGGGAUAUUUAAUAAUAUUUACCUUAUUUGAUUUUUUCAAAUUUUUCAUUCUUUUAUACUAUGUAUUAAUAUUUUUCUGAAACCCCUACUCCAUUUUCCUAAAAUAUUCUCCAGUUAGUAACUAGUGGCUUCGUUUCCUAGCAAAAGUGAGAAAAACAAGAGAGUACACAGUUUAAGGCACAAGACAUAGUUAGAUUCUUAAAGCAGUUGAUUAGUUAGGAUGAGAAUCACAUAUGUAACUAAUGUAAGGGAUUGAGUUUUCUUCAGCUGAAAUCAGUCUACUAUUCUGCUAAGUUGGUUGUCUGAUUUCAGGACCCCUUUAAGGGGAAAAGGAGCUUUUAAAAAAUUAAAUACCUUGUUUGCUUUCUCUCUCUGGAAAAGAACACAUUUAAUUACUUAGCAAGGUGAGUCUAUUGUGUAACUUACUCUUUAAAAAAAACACUCUAAAAUAGCCCUGAUUCUCUUGCUUCAAUUUCGAGUAAGAGAGAGAAUGGACAAACUCUGUCGUCUGAUUUGAACACUGCUAGGUAUGUGUGUGCCUGUGAUUGGUAGACUUGUCCAGAGGGUGCUUGCCUCUCUUGUAGACCCAGGUACCAAAGAGCUGAAUACAUACCUGGAGAUCAGAUACAGAAGGCCAGACAACAGCGUGGUAGCCUGUAUGUUUCCAACUACCAGAUAUGAAAAACUCUUCCCUCUAGUUGCCAUGCUGAUGGUCACAUGGAAGUAGAACUGCUCCAAAACAUCCUUCCUCUCUCACAGUGGCUUCCGUACAAUAGAGGCAAAGCCUGUGACCUUGGGAAUUUCCUUAUCUUUCAAAAACUACCAAAAUGAAUAUUUUAAGUCUGGGCUGCAGCUCAAUAGGAGAUGUUGAUCUUGAGUUGUAAUGAAAAAAGUGGAUGUUUAUGAGUAGCUCAGUGACUGCAGUCAGCUGUCAGGCGGUCCCUUCUCAGCUGCCAUGUAAAAGUCUACAUGUCAAGGUUAUCUCCAAAUGAAUUUGCUACCUGCUAUAAAAACAUCUUCACCAACAUGUCCCAUUCUUCCCACCUCCAUCCCUGGUUCAUCAUUAGUGGUAUUUUGAAAACUUUAAGAAAAAAGAAUCAUUGAGUAGAAAAUGGACAUUUUAGGUUACUUUCCUUUUUCACUGGCAAUAAGUUAACAUGUAAAAUCUUUUCCAUUAAAGUGUAACUUUUAAUAACUAUGUUAUAUAUAGAAUAAACUAUAGGGAACUGAAUUACAAGGAUAUAAAUGCUUCAAGACUCUGGUGUCAUGAAAGCACAAGAAUAAAGCUGGAGAUGGUCCCAGAAUCCAAGAUGUCCCAAUAGCCUUUUGCAUCAGUUUCUCUGUUUUUGGUAUUUUGCAUAAUGUAUGGAUCCUUAGUUCAAAUGAGGGAAAGUUUCUCAGUCAGCUCCACAUCCUCUCUUUCAACUCCUACCUUUCCCUUGCUGAGGAGGUAGCAGAAAUUCUGUACCACCUAUUUUUAUGCAUUCUCUGAUUUUGCCCACAGCUACUCUAAUAAAAACAGGUUCUAGAAUAAAGGAGUUGAUUAGCCCAAACAGUGCUAAUUGACUAAAAAGGAAACUGUAGUGAGCAGCCUCUCUCCUCUAUAAACAUUGACCAAUUAGAUGUUUUCAUAAUUCCAUGUAUUAUGUAUAGUACAUUCUGUAAAUGUAAAUGUAAUGCUUGUUAAGAAAAGUGCAAUUUAUUGUACAUUGUCCCAACAAAUGUUUACUUUUAUAAUUGUUAUGAACUUGAAUUGGAUUAGUAUCUUGUUUUCAUGUGUGAAUGAAGCCUUGUAAAAUAAACAAAUGCAACCAAGAAGGUAACAAGGUGACUGUUAUUGUGAGCCAGUGAUGUUUUCAAUGCUUUGUGUUGCCCUUUUGGCCCCAUUAAGCAGUAAUAAACAUUUGUUCUGAAGUCCA